GACAAGACAGACGUGGCUUCUGUCUACACUGAAAACAAAGAAAUGGACGAAACCCCAUCCGAACACGUUCCAAGGCAAUCCAAAACCAUAUUUGUCGGUCAGUUGAAACCAAAGGUUACCGCAGCUGAUCUGAAGGAUUACUUUUCCAAGUAUGGCACCGUUUCUGGGGUCAACCUGGUAAAGAAUAAGAAGACAGGCGAGUCCCGAGGCUUUGCGUUUGUCACCUUCGCUGAUGAGCAGGCUUUUGACAGUGGUGUUUUGGAUACCUGUCAUUUCCUUGAUGGAUGUCGUAUCAUCGUCAAUCCAAGGAACUGUCGUGAUAAAACACGUGGUUCCAGUGUUCAAGCGCAAAUGUAA